ACGGAGAGUCGGACAAGAUCACGAGCAUCAGUCCGAUCACUGCCUCUAAUCCUGCACGGAAAACAGCGAUUUUCUAAAUUAAUCAAGGAGUACACUAGCUAACGCGUUAGUGUUAAUUUUAGGUAACGGGAUUAAAAAAAAAGACGGCAACUGUCGACCAAAGGACGAGAAGAUGUCUGGAAAAGACAGGAUCGACGUUUUCCCCUCCAGAAUGGCUCAGACCAUCAUGAAGGCUCGGCUGAAAGGAGCUCAGACCGGCCGCAACCUGCUGAAGAAGAAAUCCGACGCUCUCUCCAUGCGCUUCCGCCAGAUCCUCCGUAAAAUCAUCGAAACUAAGACUAAGAUGGGAGAGGUGAUGAGGGAGGCGGCCUUCUCUUUGGCUGAAGCCAAAUUUGCAGCUGGAGACUUCAGCACAACUAUAAUCCAGAAUGUCAACAAAGCCCAAGUGAAGGUCCGAGCCAAGAAAGACAACGUGGCUGGUGUUACCCUUCCAGUUUUUGAGCACUACCAAGAAGGCGGGGACAGUUAUGAGCUGACUGGUCUGGCCAGAGGAGGAGAGCAGCUCUCCAGGUUGAAGAGGAACUACGCCAGAGCUGUGGAGCUGCUGGUGGAGUUGGCCUCCUUACAGACGUCUUUCGUUACUCUGGAUGAAGCCAUUAAGAUCACCAACCGCCGUGUGAAUGCCAUCGAGCAUGUGAUUAUUCCCCGGAUUGAUCGCACCCUCACCUACAUCGUCACAGAGCUGGAUGAGAGAGAACGAGAGGAGUUCUACAGGCUGAAGAAGAUCCAAGAGAAGAAGAAGCAGCUCAGGGAAAGGACAGAAAAGGAGAUCGCAGAGCGCUUGGCUAAGCUGGGUCCCAUCGCAGAGCCGGCCAACAUGCUGACGGAGGAGAUGGAUGAGGACCUGCUGUUCGAGUGAACGGACUCCGACUUCGCCCAUCACCACCCUAUUUAUUCAGUGCCUCUCAGGCCACGUCUCUGUCUUCUCAUGCAAGUGAUGAAAGUUGUUUUUGUUUUUUUUUGUGCGUGUGUACUUGUCUGUGAUUUGUUCUGUGGUUUCAGUGCUGGAAGGUGCUGCAUGUUUGCAGAUCUGUCACUGUACAGAGCCCACGAGGGACUCAGUUCACUAUGAUAAUCUAAGUAAUAAGAAUAUAAAUAUGUUUACACGCGGCUUGUGCGUGAAAUUCACAAAGCAUUCCGUGUGACUUGUACAUAUUUCCCCACAACAUUUCGAGCCCUUGCAUGCUGUAAAGCUUAAGGUGGUUGUAGAUGUCAGAGAGUGUGUGAGUCUGUGUUGUGGAGGCCCGUCCCGCCGCUGACCUCAUGUCACGGGGGGUUGCUGUUACCUCAUUAGAGGAUGUUUACCAUUGUACCAGAAACUCCUGAUGAAACCCUGCUGUAACACUCUGUGAUCAAGUCAACAAAGCCCAGAACUUCAUCCAAAUAAAGAUGUUAUCAAUAUCCAA